AUGUCCCGGAUCUCGCGUGGCAUAUGCGAGGCCGUCAUGCAAGCAGAGAUUCGCCCCAUGCCUCGCAGCUGGAAAGACGCCAUCCCAGAGCUCGGCAACUUCACAUACCCCGAGUUCUUCGACCGCCACAGGGGACAGAUCAUCGACGAGUAUCUCCGAUUCUACUGCCAGUUCCACAACAGAACGCCCAGGUCGUCUCGCGAUGUACAGUAUCCGAUCCGUCGUGGCGGCCGUGGCCCCCGCCUAUUCGACUACAAGGAACAGCUGGAAGAGUUCGCUCUCAUGUGUGUCAGGAACCGCAUCCCCCUCCGCAACUGGGACGACAUCGUGGCGCAAUUCAGAGGCGCAGGCCACGACCCAAGAGACCUCGGCUACCACAAGUACUACAUCCUCGACUGCUUUCUCUUCCACUGGAGCGAGUCCGUCUGCAAGAACCGCGUUCAGUUGCAGAUCUUCAUGCCGAAUGGGACCGUCUCCAUGCACGGCACCAGGGGCUCAGUGCAUGUCACUGCUGAGAUGCACAGCUCGAGGCCGAGCAUCUCGAAGCGGUACAUUGAGCGCAUAGGUCUGAAUCAACAAGUUGGCGAAGUUGUCUUUCUCGAUUUUCGUGUCGUGGACACUAAUUACAUGGGAAAUACCCAGCGGAUGGCCUUUGAGGUGUUGGAUGCGGAGGAGGCGAUGGACAUGUAUGCGGACGGCGUGUCGAUGACCACUAAUAUGGACCAGUGGACCAUUCCACGGCGGAACAUUGACUUUGGGGAGAUCGAAAUUCAGGAAUUGGAGUGA